AUGCCGACACUCGCCAAAAAGAUCUUUGUGACUUUUUUUCCCUCGAUAACGCACCCGAGAUGCUGUGCAGCAACUUGGUCAACGUCUCCAAUGACUGGCAAUUCGUUCCUCGGCACACCAAUAAGGCGCUGGGCUGCGCCU